CAAACCUCCCCAAAUCCGUCACGUCACUUCGAUCAGCGUGUCGCCCGCCCAGAGACUCAGGGCUCAGGGAGGUGAGGUUGCAGAAGAGGGUUUAUGAUCAACUUGAUUGGCAGCAACAGCCAAAUACUCUUCAGGCUUGUUCCAUGCAAGGCCCCUUGGAGUUGUUUCUGCAGCCAAUGCUGCCAAUGCUGUCAAUGCUGUCAAUGCUGUCAAUGCUGCCAUGUCCAAUCAUGGCCCUUCGCAACCCUCAUCCUGAAGACCGUGGGUGCUUAUUGUGACCGCAGCCUGUGGCCCUGAGUAACAAUCACCGAGUACUAAUACCAUUUCAAUGCCGCUGCUGAAUCCUGGAUGUGUUUGCGUUCAUCUUUUAUUUAUUCCUUUCAACUCUGGUUGUUCCUCUGAGUGCAUAUUGAGUGUGCACCUUUUGGCUUCCUCCUUUUUUUUUUCCCCCUUCCUUCUUUUUCUUUUCCCUUUCGCUGUCCAUUUUAAUCGUUAUUAUUCUUUUUCAUUCCUAUUUCUAUUUCUCAUUGUUUCCCUCAGCCCCAUUCUUUGAUUCUGUACGGUUUGUUCGUGAAAUUAACCUGUUGAUCGGGUUAAAACCAUAUCUUAUUUGUUUUCCAAACCCUAUUCUGGGCACAGUGAUCUUGAUUCAAUUCGCCAGUCCGAGGACGGAUCAGCCGUUUAGUUGGUUUUUUUUAUUUUAUUAUUUAUUAUUUUUAUUGAUUCGACGUGCUUAAGAAUUUUGAAAACCUCCGAAUUUGGAUUUUGCCCGCUCACAGAUCCGGUAUCUGCUGCCAUGGCGAACCAUUUCAUCCAAACAAAGCCACAAGUUCGGCUGGGUCGAAGUGGACACCUUAAUACCAUAAUCGAAGAUAAACGAGAGUCCCAGUUUGAGGGAAAAAGGACCAUUGAUUACAAGCUCGCGGCCGCUGGUCGGCACUCAGUAGUGAAUCAGACCCGACCGACCCGCCGCUCACCCCUCGGGCCUGUACAUCGCGCUGUAUCUCCAGGAUCUACGGAUUCGUCCCAUUCAAUGCACUUAGGCCCUAGACAGAACCCCGAUUUUGACGAUCUCUACGAUGCCACUGAUGAGGAUGAUGAAGGGGAACUGAGCGAUAGUUGUCCGUCCCUUUGCAGCCAGGGGAACAGCGAAUCUACCAAGUCAUCAAAACUCUCCACGAUUUCGUCAGGUAGUAGCCGCAAAAAAUAUCCCGCAAUUGUUACCCCUUCCUCGACACAUUGGGCCAAUCUCAAUUCUUUCCACAAGCAUUCCCCUGUUCCGCCAACCCCGCCGCCCAAAAUACCCGUUUCGCCAGAAGCUCUCUCUCGCCUGCCAAGGUUUGUUCCGGAGGUAUAUGCUCCUCCAUCCUUAGAUGGCAGUGCAGCUUCGGACCAACCUUCUACUUUGAGCGCACCGCGAACUCCUGAGCUGGAAGUGGCAUCAGACGUUGAUUGGGAUGCACAGUAUCUACGCUUUUACGUUGACUCCGAUACUAAUGGGAACGUCGAAUCCCCCAACAGUGCGACCAUGAGUCCUCAGGUUGAGAUUGAGAUGGAACCCCCCGAAGACUGGAGCCAUGUCCUGGGUCAUUUCCCGCGUAUUCCGGAGCGCGAACCCAAAAUUGACGUACAAAGUGUUUUGGAUAUCCCGGAAAUCAAUAGACCCUCGUCAACGGAUAGUUCGAACAUAGGUGUUGAGCUUCCAACAAACGCUCUUGCCACCCUUCAACAUAUCGAGUUAGAUAACGAUAGUGAUCGCGACUCUGAUAUUUCUGGAGUCAACGAAAUUGGCGAAAUGCAGGAAGUGAAACUGUACUCUGCCAGACCCCGGAGCAUGAACGCUGCGAUUCCUGCUUCCGCUGGUUCAAAUCCGUUCACGCCUCUCAGCAUUCCAUCCCCGGGCGGCUUCUUUUCGUCACUAGGAGGCGAUGCACGCCAUACUUGGUGUUUCUCUACCAUCCCACCGCCUUCAUCUGCUACAGCGGAGAAUUUCUACAAUUGCCCUUGGAACCAGCCCAUGAUAUCUGAUGGCUUUUUUCCCACUACGUAUCCGUUGGGUCGCAGUGACCCUGCCUCCCUGAAGGCAGCAAAUUACCUGCUCUUCGAUGGUUUAUACACGUCCCUUGAUUCCGUCGGGAGGGAACGCAAUUCCAGCAUUGGUCAUAUCGCGGAUGACUACGACGAACUAUACGAAGAAGAAUUGAAAUUUCAGGCUACUUCCAAUCUCGACCGUACAAGCAUUUGGCUCGCAGCCCAGACAGCCUACCUGUCCGCAUUACGUGAGACUAAUCCCGUCAACCAGGUUGAGGGCGCACCGGCAUUAAUUGUCGCGGAAAGCCCACAAGAUAGUUCGCCAAACUCGACCAGGAAGUCGCUUGGACUAGCCACUAUUUUGGAAAACGGCGCUUGUUUAAAGUCCCCCUGUUAUCUUGUGGAGGGUGGCGCCUUGUUCUAUCGAGCCUUUCAGCGCUUAGUACGCAAGUCUAAUGCCCGUCAUGCUUUUUCCCAUGGCAACUUGCGCUUCGAAUCCGUUCAGGCAACGCGGCUCAGCUAUAUGGACAAGCACAUCGACGGCCUCGUUGGGAAAUAUGCCCUGAAUGACCCUGUUCGCCCUCCUUAUCGCGGGCCAUUCUCCCAAGCUCCCCGGAAUUCCACCGUCCCCCAGAUCCUUGCUGACCAAGCUAAGUUUUCCAAGCUGGAGAAGGAACAGGAUGCAACACAUCAGCUACGCAGUUCAGUGUGGGCAAUGGAAGCUCUAAAAUUUUUGAAGGGUGGUUCUCUCCUGUCUGCCCCGGCUGUGAAGCGGCUUGCUAGAGCAAAGGUUCCUCUGGGAGGUGUGGAGAGUGCCGGAUCCCGGCGAAUUAGAGUGCUAGACCUUGGUGGCGAACCAUCUUGCGGCUGGGCGUGGCAUGUCUCUAGGGAUCACCGCGACGUCAAAGUUUACACGGCUGUUACGAAGCAGCACAUUGUGAAUCCAGGAAUGAACGGGCCUUCAAACCAUCGACAGGUCUCUGUCCAAAAUGUUUGGCAACUUCCAUUUCGCGACAAUCAGUUCGACGUCAUAUCUUCUCGUACUUUCCACGCCUUGUUAAAGACCGAUCGCCCAUAUGCUGAAGAGCAGGACGAGUACGAUCUGUGUUUGAAGGAAUGCUUUCGAUGCCUCAAACCAGGAGGUAUCCUCGAGUUCUUCCUGAUGGAUUCGGAGAUCAUUCGCGCUGGAUCGUAUGGUGCCGCCGUAUCUGUUGAAUUUGGGUUUAACCUUAAGACUCGCGGGUACGAUCCUGUCCCUACUAAGUCUUUCAUGUCUCGACUGCAGAAAGCCAAUUUCUCAUCAGCCAAGCGAGCAUGGAUGUUUCUACCUCUUGGUGCGGGAACCUCUGCCCCUCAGACGCAAGCAGAUAUCCAUCCUGAAGCCGGUGAACUUAUGGGAACUACGAGCAACAUAGCCAAUAUCACUGGCCUGCUUGGUGGGUGGAUGUGGGAACAAUGGAUGUUGAAACUCCAGAUGGAGAUGGGCCGCGAGAAGGGAAAACUACUGGAUGAGGUCCCUGGUGUUUAUGCGGAGGGGCAGCAGUCUGGAGCGGGGUGGCGGUGCGUAACUGGAUGGGCGAUGAAGCCCAAGAAAGUCCAUGGCUACGCUUAAAGCUAUUCAUCUCUUUAAACUGUCACUUACUACCGUCACCCGCAAUUCAUUUCCCGCUGAUAUUGAAUCUACAGUGAAGUGUACACUCCAUCUUUGCUGCUUGCUCGUGCAUAGUCUAUCCACCAUUCCUACUGUCUCACUUGAUUAUCCCGCCCGCUUCCCUCAUUCCACUCAUUCCGUCCUUCUCUCUGCCCCUCUCUCCUUUCCUUUCUUCCCCCCCUUUUUCUUUUUUCUUUUCUUUUUUUUUUUUUUUUUCAAUACCUGUAACUGUUUUGGGAUUUGCUACCCUAGUUUUCCUAUGAAAUGGCAAAUGUCAAUCUGAAAUAUGAGGAGAUAUAAUGGUGUUACACAAUAUUAUUAUGAAUCAUGCUAGUGAUAUGCAAGAAUUAUUUACAGAAGAGAUCAUUUGGUGAUUUUUAGAAAUUUGAAAACAGCGUUAUAAACCAUCAAAGUUCAUACAGAGUAUAAUAUGUGCAAUAAUAUCUGUAGCACCAUUUGGGGAAUUUUUAAGCAUUUAACUUUAGUUUAUUGUACAGAGUAUAUGAAUCUUAUGAUCAAAGCUAGCUACCCUUAAGAACUGUAGAAUGGUUAAUCUCUUGUAUUCAUGUGAGAGAAGCCAGCUACAUUAUAUCUAUACAGAAAGAACAUAGAGUUAAUUUGCGGAGUGAAGCGAAGCAAUAUGUUAGAUGCAUUAAAAACCUGAUUAGAAUAGAAGGCGCGAUCUUGCAGGCCUCAUUCUGUGAUAUG